UAUGGCUGGCACCAGCACGAAUCGUGUGAAUUUUGUGUUUGAUGUGAUGAAUGGUUUGCAUUGAGGAAAAUGUAACUAAUCAGGGUCAGGGUAUAUGGGUUCUGAACACUCCCUAACAAUGUUUGGCCAAGAAAGAGUUAAUGAGGCCCUCUUUCUUGAGUACACAACUAGGGUUUGAAUUACGGGGGGGGCGGUUGUCGUCACAUACCGUCACGCUUAAUGAAAAACAGUGACUGUUAUAAAACUUGAUUCGAUUAAUCUGCAGCAACAACAAGAAAGAAUAAUUUCUUUUCUUUUCUUUUUCUUGUCCCCUUGGCAGCAGUGGGUGUGGAGCUGGUGCAGGCUGGGCAACUGCAAGUGAUGUUAUGAAAAGUAGAAUCACCAAAAGGCAGAACAACACAUUUUAAAAUGCUUGGGCGUGUUCUAACAAGGAGGAGGAAAACCCUUGGACGAACCGGGCCGCGACGGAAUCACACCCCAAAAAAACGAGACGCUUACCUGGAGACGAAGCAGCCCGGGAACGACCUCUGUCAGCCGCCAACAGUUCCAGCUGAUGCGACGCGGAAAGCUGACUGUUGUUGACGACGCCGCAUUCCUGAGCCGUAGCACCACGACUCGCAACGCCAUUGAUUCCCUUUGCAAGACAAGCCCAGGCUUCGGAAAUGGGUGGACAACAUGAGGCGGGAGGAGUGGACCCCGAGUCGACACCAGUGCCUGUGCAGCGAGCACUUCACAGGGGACUGCUUUGAUAUUCGAUGGGGCAUCCGCUACCUGAAGAACACGGCCGUCCCGACUAUUUUUCCUUCCAUUAAGAAUGAUGGUGAGAAAAAAGGGAGCAGCUUUAAAAGGAGCCCCAAGUCCAAACCCGGGACUGUAGACGCUGACUUUGCGCCCGCAGAAUUUGACUCUCCUCUCAGUAAAAGGUGCCAGUCAAGUACGGUGGACAACAUUGUUGCCGAACACACAGAGAAAGUGUUUGAACUGCCACGGGUGUCGUACACUGGCAUCCCCUGUCGUGCAAACCUGUGUGAGAUACAGGCUGCUGCUUGUGAGGUACCAGGUGACAGUGAAAUGCCGACAGCGUCCUACCUUGCACGUGCUCAGUGCGACAAGGCCCAUUCAGAACAGCCCGCUGAUGCUGAUGCCGCUGUGACUGUGUUGUGCUGCGAGUCGCUGGGCCCUUUCUCGGACGGAGAGGCAAACAUGGACGCAGCUGCCCUCCAAACAGCACUGGGCCAGGCUUUUAGCUUUGUCCCUGCGAAGAUGGCUAAUUACGAACCCACAACUUUCUUAUUGGAGGAGAGCGGACCCGGUCAGGGAGAGCACAUUUCUCUUUAUGAGCACUCGUACUGCCGACCAGACACAGACGAAGAUCAGCUCUGGAGUAAGAUCUUGAGUUUGCAUGCAAAGAUCUUGGAGCUGGACCGCAGGGAGGAGAGCACUGUGGCCAACAUCCGUGCUCUUGAGACUGAGGUGGCCCUCCUGAAGAGGGAUGGGGCGGUUUUUAAAGAAAGGUAGAAAGAUUUAGAAGGGUACAUUUCAUCCACGUUGCUAUGAUUUUGGCAAAAAAAAAAUUAUUUUGCACACAUUUUGCACAAGCUCCUAUAGAUGCCAUGCAUAGAACAUUGAUUUGUGCCUGGUUUUGCACAACUUUGUCUGCAUCAUUUUCUUGAAUUUCCAUACUACUACUAGUUGUACUACUGAUUGUCUUAUGUCCACAUGAUGGCACUGUAGAGACAUUUUCUGUCUUGUUGCUGUCUUGUUCUGUCUUCAUAGUGACAUUUUAAGGAUUCGCCAUGUCUUUUCAUUCAGUAACUUAAAUUAGAAAUACAGGAGGAAAAACAAACGACAGGAUAAGUGGAUGUGUACAUCUUUGAUCUGUCAAAGAGCUAAGUGGUAAAAACACAGAGAUGCCAACAGCUUGUAUGUGCGUCAGCAGCCAUUUUUAGAAGCCUUUGCAGUACAUGAGAAAGCCAAAUGUGUGAUGUGUAGCUGCCAUUGUGUUUCUCUGUGUCGUGACAACAUACAAAAUACUUUAAUAUGCAGAUACAACAAUGGUGACAUCAAUCUUCAUAGAACUUUUCAUUAUAAAACCGAUGGUAUAACAGAUUUCAGUCAUCCUUGGUAAUUUUUUUCAAAUUCAGCUUGCAGUCCUCAUAAAAAAGCUUUUAUUGACCGAAACUUCAGAUUUAAAAAUUUAUAAAACUAUAGCUCUAUAUAACUUGAUAAUCAACAGGAGGGUUGUUAAUAAUGGAGAGCCUCAUCACUGAAUGUGUGGAGAGGAUUUACAGUUGGAGUGUGACAGUGUGGACACAUGAAGUACAAUGGAGCAGUGACAAUAAAACGACAAUAAUGUCGCCGCCACCACCUCACCCAGGAAAAACACAGUAUAAGUAAUGUGGGGACGAAGCAGAAACAGAGGAUAGUGUCUCAGUGAGCAGUGUCUCUCAUCUCCACCUGCUAAACGCACUUACUUUCUGCAGCUGUUUGUAUGAGAGAGUAAGAGUUGGGAGGCCCGUAUUGUGAAAGUAGACGAGCGCAACUCUGAUUUUGUGCUUGUAUGAUACUCUGAUAAAUUAUUUCAAUAUUGUGCAAAAAUGGCAUCUUACAUGAUGAUUCUUGCCACCUGACUCCAACUUGAUUUUACAUUUUACACAUACAGAGACACGCGCGCUGUUUUUGGGUGUGCACCAGUGAUUAUUAACCACGUUUCAUUGUAUUGUUUAAUGCAUAAAAAAAUGUAAUUCAUUGUUUUCCACACCACUUUUUUGCUGUGUAUUAAAUUGUGAUUUCUCAUUUCAAAGA